AUGAGGCUGAACACUCUCCUCCAAGUACUUGUUGGGGCACUGGCCACGGCCCAAGAUGCCUUAUACAGCGAGCGCUUGACGAAACGCUUCGUCGACGCCGAAGGACACUAUAACAUAUCAUUCUUUCACGUCAACGAUGUCCAUGCACAUUUAGACCAAUUCGCUAAGUCCGGGGCCGAUUGCGUGGACCAGUCCAAAGGAUGCUUCGGCGGGUACGCUCGCAUCUUGUCCAAGGUCAAAGAACUCCGCGGUCAGCAUCCUGACCACCUCUGGCUCAAUGCCGGCGAUGAGUUCCAAGGAACGCUGUUCUACUCCUUUUAUGGUGGCGAGAAGAUUGCCGAAACGGUCAACCAGCUCGGCUUUGACGCCAUGACUCUUGGCAACCAUGAAUGGGACGGUGGCGACUCGGCGCUCGGAGAGUUUAUACAAAACCUGACCUUUCCCGUCGUCUCCUGCAACGUCAGAAGCACUCACGAAGUGCUGAACAGCACCAUAAAAAACUACCACAUCUUCGAGGAGCACCAGUUGGCGGUCAUCGGGGUCACCACAGAGACGACAAAAUCCAUUUCCAAUGUGGGAAGCGGCACCAUCUUUCUGGAUCCAGUCUCUGAGGUGCAGAACUCGAUCUAUCAGAUACGAAACAGCACAAAGAUCAAGCGAAUAGUCGCCUUGACGCACCUCGGCUAUGACGUAGACCAAGAGCUUGCACGAAGAACUGAAGGACUCUCCCUUAUCAUCGGAGGACACAGCCAUACAUUGCUCGGAGACAUGGCCAAUGCCAAGGGUAAAUACCCGACGGUCGUCAAGGAUCUUUCUGGAAACGAAGUCUUUAUUGUCACCGCGUACAGGUGGGGUGAGUACAUCGGGUAUAUUGAUGCGACGUUUGACGAGGAUGGCAAAGCACUCGCAUACCGUGGUGCUCCAGUUCACAUGGACAACACAACCACCCUGGACGAGGCACUGCAGAAGCAAGUCCAGUCAUGGCGUGCGCCUUUUGAGAAGUAUGCAGCCGAGGUGAUUGGAGAAACAGUCUACGAAUUGGACCAGACGACAUGCCAGCAACAGGACUGUCUGCUCGGCCAAGUGCUUGGCGACGCCAUGCUGCAAUAUCGUCUCAACCAGACAACAGACCAACACCGUCCCGCGUUUGCUAUUGUGAACGCUGGCGGCAUUCGCGCUACAAUUGACGCAGGGAACAUCACCCGGGGCGAAGUGUUGACAUCAUUUCCUUUCGGCAACGCUGUCGUCGAGGUGAAUUACCGCGGAUCAGACCUGCGCAAGAUCCUUGAAGGAUGUGUUUCCCGGGUCAAUCAGUUCAACCAAAAUAAGGUGACGUCCUGGUUCCAGGUCUCUCAAGGUGUCACAAUCAGAUACAACCCGACACACCCCCCGGGAUCAAUGCUUUCUUCUGUUAAGAUCGGAGGGAAGCUACUUAACGAUACACUCGAGUAUCGUAUAGUGACCGUGGAUUUCCUAGCAGGUGGCGGCGACAAUAUCCUCCCAAUCACACCGAACACUACACCACUCGACACCUUAGAUAAAGUCCUCGUCUCGUAUAUUCAGCAAGGAACACCGCUUAAAAACCAGCUUCAGAAAAGGGUAGUAAUCUCGCUAAAGCCUGGCUGUAAAAGGGGUAAAGAUAUAGCUUAA